GUUGUGAAACUCUACGCUUGGGAAAAACCAAUGGAAGAACAUAUUAACGACAUACGACGCAAAGAAUUAAAAUUACUGAAAAAAUCGUAUAUUGUCAGGAAUAUUAUGGAUUCUUUCAACACAGCCUGUCCGUUUUUGGUAGCUUUGUUCUCAUUUGGUACGUACGUAUUGUCUUCUUCCUCACACAAGCUAACACCUCAGACCGCUUUUGUUUCUCUCACUUUAUUUAAUCAAUUGCGAUCUCCUAUGGUUAUGAUAACGUUGCUCAUAAAUCAGUUGGUCCAGGCAGUGGUGUCAAACGAACGCUUGAAGGAGUACUUCAUUGCCAAGGAACUUGACUCAACAAUUGUGCAGAGACUGGAUCGGUUUAAUGGAUCUAAAAAUGUUGUCGAAUUUGCUGAUUUCUCAGCUGCAUGGAAUGACACUGGUCCAGCUACACUUAAGGAUAUCGAUUUGAAUGUGGUUAGAGGUUCACUUAUAGCUGUCGUUGGUAAAGUUGGAGCGGGAAAGUCGAGUCUUUUAUCUGCACUUUUAGUGCGUGAUAACAUACUCUUUGGAAAGCCAUUCGACAAGCGGAAAUAUAAUGAGGUGAAGGUACUGUCAGCAUGUGCCCUUAAACCAGAUCUGAAAAUUUUGCCUUACGGUGACAAAACAGAGAUUGGGGAGAAGGGUGUUAACCUUUCCGGAGGUCAAAAAGCUCGCUUGUCUUUAGCAAGAGCUAUUUAUCAGGAUUGUGAUGUGUAUCUUCUCGACGACCCUUUAUCAGCAGUUGAUGCCCAUGUUGGAAGACACAUAUUUGAAAAGGUGCUUGGACCUGAUGGACUAUUACGAGCAAAAACGAGGAUUCUUGUUACUCAUAGAUUGUCUUACCUGAAAUCUGCUGACGAAAUUGUCGUUUUGCAAGAUGGUAACAUAAUUGAAAAUGGGACCUAUACUGUUCUCAUGAACCAGCGUGGCGUGUUCUACAGAUUUGUAGAAGAACAUAGGUCAAGUUCGGAAAGUGAGGGAAACGACGAUGAGAGUCCAAAUGAUGAUUUAAAUGGAGGACUAGAAAAUGGCACAAAUCAUUACGAGGUUGCUCGUCUUUCAAUGGUUCAAUAUGAGAAUGAGAAAAAAAAUAGUGCAUCCGCUCUGUCCUCAUCUCUGACCAAGUCGUUCAGCAACGUACUAAUCAAGAAGGAGGGAAUCGAAACUGGCAGUGUGAAGAUGUCGGUCUAUUUCCUCUACAUGAGGGCGGCAUCAUACUGGAAAAGUUUCCUGUUCAUUUUGUUCCUUUGUGGAUAUCAGUUAAUUCAAAUUCUCCGCAGUUUCUGGCUCUCAGCAUGGUCUGAUGAGAAUGAUGGUUACCACGAAAACAAGAUGGCUGUUGGUUGGCGUUUGACAGUUUAUGGAUUCUUGGGAACUGCUGAAUCGUUAAGCUUUCUUCUAUCGUUAGUAUAUCUGUCAUUUGCCGGACUUGCUGCUGCUUACAAUCUGCAUGCACCUCUGAUCAAUAAUCUUCUGCGCUCACCAAUGUCGUUCUAUGAUACAACGCCAUUGGGUAGAAUUCUGAACCGCUGUUCAAAAAAGUUCUACGUACCCACAUCGCGCCAACUGAAACGUCUGGAAAGUACUCAUAGGUCUCCGAUUUUCUCUCAUUUCGGAGAAACUAUUCAAGGAGCAGCCUCCAUCCGAGCAUUUGGGAAGGUUUGCUGUCUGAAAAUUAUAAUAAAAUUACUAUAUUAUGAGAUGUUAUCUUUAAUCACAUUCUGUUAUCGCAUUCUUUUCGGUAUUUUUUUUGCGGCCUUCUUCGCUGUUAUUUCAAAGGAAUUUGGUUGGGUCACAAGUCCCGGUAUAAUCGGUGUAUCCAUCUCCUAUGCACUAAACAUAACAGAAGUGCUUAAUUUUGCAGUUCGUCAAAUAAGUGAAAUAGAAGCAAAUAUUGUUGCUGUUGAAAGAAUUGAGGAGUACACAAACACGCCAACCGAGGUGUGUCCAACUAUUCCUGGGUUUCUUUUUCUUCGUGAUACUGAAUUUGUUGCAAUACUGUUGGUUUUAAGGCUCCAUGGGAUAUUCCAGAAAACAAACCGCCUGCAAAUUGGCCAUCACAUGGUGCGGUGGAUUUUGUUCAUUACUCGACAAGGUAGCAUUUCGGCCAGUGUAAAAGAGGGAGAGAAGGUAGGAAUCGUUGGUCGCACUGGAGCAGGAAAGAGCUCAUUUACGCUUGCCCUUUUCCGUAUGAUCGAACCGGUCUCUGGAAAAAUUAUUGUCGACGAAGUUGAUAUCGCUAGUAUUGGGUUGCACGACCUUCGCAGUAAUCUCACCAUAAUACCUCAGGAUCCGAUUCUGUUCUCGGGUUCUCUACGAUUUAAUUUGGAUCCAUUUCAAAGAAAUAAUGACGAUGAAAUAUGGAGAUCACUCGAACUGUCUCACCUAAAAGAUUUUGUUUCCGGAUUGCAAGGAGGUCUCGAUUAUUCUAUCAAUGAAGGUGGAGAAAAUAUUAGUGUUGGUCAGCGUCAACUAGUAUGCCUUGCACGCGCUAUACUUCGAAAUACAAGAAUGCUAGUUCUUGAUGAGGCGACAGCUGCAGUCGAUGUUGAGACUGAUGCCCUCAUUCAGGAAACUAUUCGCGAAUAUUUCCGGAAUUGCACAGUGUUUACUAUUGCGCAUCGUCUAAAUACGAUCAUGGAUUACGACAGAGUAAUGGUAUUGAAAGACGGUCGAAUCAUCGAAUUCGACUCACCGAAGGCACUGUUAUGCAAUCGUAACUCUACCUUUGCGAGGAUGGUGGAAGAGUCGAGAUCCGAGUCGAAGAAGGCAUGA